ACUCAAAACUUUCUUUUAUUUUGUGGAAAAAAAAAUCAAAACUUUCACUCAGAAGGAAGAAGAAGGGACACACUCUCUCUUUCUCCCCAUUUACGGUUACUCUCCUCUUUCGCUUUCGAACGGCUACUUUUCCUCUUUCUCCGACCGAAUCUACCCUGAAACUGAAGAAGAAACAACACAGCAAGAGAGAGAUUCUGCAGACAGAAAACCCAGAUGGAAUUUGAGUCGUUUCUGGUGUCCUUGGGGACAUCCUGCGUGCUAUUCGUCGUUCUCAUGUUUCUAUUCACUUGGCUCUCACGGAAACCAGGAAACGCCGUCGUUUAUUACCCGAAUCGGAUUCUCAAAGGGAUGGAUCCGUGGGAAGGCAGGUCCUUGACCCGGAACCCCUUCGCUUGGAUCCGUGAAUCCUUGUCUUCCUCCGAACAAGAUGUCAUCACCAUGUCCGGUGUCGAUACCGCCGUUUACUUCGUCUUCCUCGGCACUGUUCUGGGGAUACUGGUUCUGUCUGGUGUCAUUCUCUUGCCAGUUCUAUUACCCCUCGCCGCCACAGAUGAUGGCAUAAAGAAGAUCACAGACUCCACAAGCAAUGGAACUUUCAGCCAACUCGACAACUUAUCUAUGGGGAACAUCUCUAAAUCAAGCCCGAGGCUUUGGGCGUUCUUGGCUGCAGUUUACUGGAUCUCCGUUGUCACUUAUUUCCUGCUAUGGAAAGCGUAUCAGCAUGUCUCUGAGCUGAGAGCUCAAGCUCUAAUGGCUUCCGAGGUAAAACCCGAGCAAUUCGCCAUCCUUGCCAGGGAUUUGCCUCCUCCUCCUAGUGGUCAGACCCAGAAGGAGUUUGUCGAUUCGUACUUUAGAGAGAUAUACCCGGAAACGUUCUACAGAUCACUCGUCGUCACAGAAAACAGCAAGGCUAACAAGAUUUCGGAAGAAUUGGAAGGUUACGAGAAGAAGCUUGCCCGGACAGAAGCUAUAUAUGCAGAGACGAAGAAACGACCAACGAACAAAAUCGGUUUCCUCGGAUUAGUCGGUGAACAAGUAGAUAGCAUCGAUUACUACACCGAGAAAAUUGAUGAAAUGGUACGGAAACUAGAAGAAGAGCAGAAAUCCACUCUCAGAGAGAAGCAGCAGAACGCUGCAUUGGUUUUUUUCACUAACCGAGUGGCUGCUGCUUCGGCUGCUCAGUCUCUGCAUUGUCAGACGGUUGACAAGUGGACGGUGAUCGAGGCUCCCGAGUCACGCCAGAUCAUCUGGAAGAAUCUCAACAUCAAGUUCUUCCCGAGGCAAAUCCGGCAAUACGUAGUUUACUUCAUCGUUGCUCUCACGAUACUGUUCUACAUGAUCCCGAUAACAUUCAUCUCGGGUAUCACCACUCUCAAGAAUCUCCAGAAGAUUCUUCCGUUCAUUAAGCCGAUUGUGAAUAUAACCUUUCUCAGAACCAUUUUGGAGGCUUACCUUCCUCAGAUCACGUUGAUCGUCUUCUUGGCAAUGCUACCAAAGCUUCUAUUGUUUCUCUCCAAGGCCGAGGGUAUUCCUUCUGAGAGCCACGCCCAGAGAGCUGCCUCGGGAAAAUACUUCUACUUCUCGGUGUUGAAUGUGUUCAUCGGUGUCACCAUUAGUGGGACACUUUUCGAUACGCUGAAGAAAGUCGAGAAGAACCCUAACUCCAUCAUCUCCAUAUUAGCGACCAGUCUCCCCAGGAGCGCGACUUUCUUCUUGACCUACGUUGCUCUCAAAUUCUUUGUCGGAUAUGGCCUUGAGCUAUCCCGGAUUGUGCCUUUGAUCAUAUUCCACUUGAAGAAGAAGUAUCUAUGCAAAACCGAAGCAGAGGUGAAAGAUGCUUGGUUUCCGGGAGACUUGAGCUAUGCGACUCGGGUUCCCGGCGAUAUGCUCGUCCUCACGAUCACAUUUUGUUACUCGGUUAUCGCUCCUCUCAUCAUCCCUUUCGGCGUCACCUACUUCGGUUUAGGUUGGCUCAUCCUCAGAAAUCAGGCGUUGAAGGUAUACGUCCCAUCGUACGAGAGCUAUGGGCAAAUGUGGCCUCACAUCCACACGCGGAUUCUGGCCGCGUUGCUUCUGUUCCAAGUAACCAUGUUCGGUUACUUGGGCGCUAAGAUAUUCGUCUACGCUGUCCUCGUGAUCCCUCUCAUCGUCAUCACUCUGAUCUUCGCAUAUGUCUGCAGCAAGAAAUUCUACCUAGCGUUCAAACACACUGCCCUCGAAGUCGCUUGCCGUGAACUGAAAGAAACUCCGAACCUCGAGCAGGUGUUCAGGUCAUAUGUUCCGACAUGCUUGAGCUGCCAUAAACCAGAUGAUCACCAGUUCGAAGGAGCAUUGUCUCGGUGCCAGUUAACAGGUUCUUCCGCUGUUUGAUGACUGCAAAACUGUCUUGUGUUUUUAGGGUUUUUUCGGGUUUUUGUAUCAGAUUUGCUUGUGGGAAUUAUAUAUAGACUGAUGUUGUUUUAUAGGAAGUUUGAAUGUGAUUAGGGUUUAGAUUCUUCUCUUCUUUGAUUGUUGUAAGGUCUGUCUCUGUAGAUGUGAAACUUUUUAACAUUCUACGUAUCAGUUUCGAAACUGUCUA